AUGGGAGAUUGCAACGGCUUCCAGCUCGAGGAGGCCACGAUCGGGCAGAUGCAGGAGGCGCUGCACGAUGGCCGGGUGACGUCUGUCCAACUCGUCCACUGCUAUCUGAAGCGGACCUUUCAGACGCGGCCGUAUCUCAACUCUGUUAUGCAAGAGAAUCCCGAAAUCUUCGAGGCAGCCACCCUGCGAGACGCAGAGCGACGCGCCGGCAACGCCUCCGGCCCGCUCCACGGCAUCCCGUUCACCAUCAAGGACAACAUUGCGAGCAACGACAUGAUGGAGACCACGGCCGGAAGCUGGGCGCUGCUGGGCAGCCGGCCGCGGCGGGACGCGACCGUGUUGAAGCGGCUCCGUGACGCCGGCGCCCUGCUCCUCGGCAAGGCCGCUAUGAGCGAAUGGGCCGACAUGCGCAGCACGAACUACUCCGAGGGCUACUCGCCUCGUGGCGGCCAGUGCCGCAGCGCCUACAACCUGAUGGUCAACCCUGGCGGCAGCAGCUCCGGCAGCGCCGUCGGCGUGGCGGCCAACGCCGUUGCCUUCUCCAUCGGCACCGAGACCGACGGCAGUGUUCUGACGGGGAUCUGGACCAUCAUAGUCAUUAACCCGGCGAUGCGCAACCAGAUCGUCGGCUUCAAGCCAACCGUCGGCCUGACCUCGCGCGCCGGCGUCAUCCCCGAGUCGGAGCACCAAGAUUCCGUCGGUACCUUUGGCCGCACCGUCCGGGAUGCCGUCUUGGCCCUCGUCGCAAUCUACGGAUCCGACAAGCUGGACCCUUACACCGAGCUUCAAUCCACGCUUCACAUACCCGAGAAGAGCUUCGAGAAGCUCCUGAGCACAAAGGAGAUCCUGAAAGAGGCCAAGUUCGGCAUUCCGUGGCAGAGCUUCUGGCGCUUGACCGAUCCUGAGACCAGGGACGUGCUGUUAAUCGUCAUCAACCUCCUGAAGACGUGCGGCGCCGAGAUCUACAACAUGACCGAGAUCAAGGCACACGAGUCCAUCAUCAGCCCGGAAGGCUGGGACUGGGACUUCAACGGAACCUCAGACAAGGGGUCUGAGUACAGCGUGGUCAAGGUUGACUUUUACAACAACAUCAACCAAUAUCUCGACCGCCUGCUCUACUCGCCGAUGCGCUCGCUACGGGACAUUGUCGAGUACAACCGACGCUACUCGGGCAGCGAAGGGGGCUUCCCCAACGCCCACCCGGCCUUUCCCUCGGGCCAGGACGGCCUGGAGGCGGCGCUCGCCACGGGAGGCAUUCAAGACGCAGCCUACAACGACGCCCUCAAUUUUCGCCAAGGGUCAGCUCGCGACGGCAUCGACGCCGCCCUACAGCACGAGGGCAAGCAGCUCAACGGCCUGCUGGUGCCUCUCGAGCCGGGCCAGAGCUACAAGAUUGCUGCCCAGGCGGGCUCCCCGAUGAUCACGCUGCCAGCCGGCGUCCACAAGGAGUCGGGCAUGGGCAUCGGCUUGGGCAUCAUGCAAGCGGCGUGGAAGGACGACGAGCUGGUCAGGUGGGGCAGUGCUAUCGAGGACAUGAUGUCCUGCACUCAGAGGAGAAGGACGCUGCCCACCUGGCGAGGGGCCCAGGAGCGGAAUCUGCCCAUGAAGUAG